GUGACGCGGCUCCUAGGAGAAAGCCGACUGGACUGGGGCCCGGGAGCGUUAGCUGCAGUUAAAAGAAGAUGGAUGCACAGAGUUCAGCCAAAAUGAACACAAGAAAGAGGCGAAAAGAGGUACCUGGACCCAAUGGGGCAACAGAAGAAGAUGGAAUUUCUUCAAAAAUGCCACGCUGUGCAAUUGGCUUACAGCAGCCAGCUCCUUUUUCUGACGAAAUUGAAGUUGACUUUAGUAAACCCUAUGUCAGGGUAACUAUGGAAGAAGCCAGCAGAGGAACUCCUUGUGAUCGGCCUGUGAGAGUUUAUGCCGAUGGAAUAUUUGACUUAUUUCACUGUGGUCAUGCCCGGGCUCUGAUGCAAGCAAAGAACCUUUUCCCUAAUACAUACCUCAUUGUAGGAGUUUGCAGUGAUGAGCUUACGCACAACUUCAAAGGCUUCACGGUGAUGAAUGAAAAUGAGCGCUAUGAUGCAGUGCAGCACUGCCGCUAUGUGGAUGAGGUGGUGAGGAAUGCCCCCUGGACCCUGACACCAGAGUUCCUGGCAGAACACCGGAUUGAUUUUGUAGCCCAUGAUGACAUCCCUUAUUCUUCUGCUGGGAGCGAUGAUGUUUAUAAGCACAUCAAGGAAGCAGGUAUGUUUGCACCAACACAGAGGACAGAAGGUAUCUCCACAUCAGACAUCAUCACCCGAAUUGUCCGGGACUAUGAUGUCUAUGCCCGACGGAACCUCCAGAGGGGCUACACAGCAAAGGAGCUCAAUGUCAGCUUUAUCAAUGAGAAGAAAUACCACUUGCAAGAGCGGGUUGACAAAGUAAAGAAGAAAGUGAAAGACGUGGAAGAAAAGUCAAAAGAAUUUGUUCAGAAGGUCGAGGAAAAAAGCAUUGAUCUCAUUCAGAAGUGGGAGGAGAAAUCCCGAGAAUUCAUUGGAAGUUUCCUGGAAAUGUUUGGUCCAGAAGGAGCGCUGAAACAUAUGCUGAAAGAGGGGAAAGGCCGGAUGCUGCAGGCCAUCAGUCCAAAGCAGAGUCCCAGCAGCAGCCCCACUCGGGAACGCUCCCCCUCCCCGUCUUUUCGAUGGCCCUUCUCUGGCAAGACUUCCCCGCCUUCCUCCCCAGCAAACCUCUCCAGGCACAAGGCUGCAGCCUAUGAUAUCAGUGAGGAUGAAGAAGACUAAGUUUUCAUCCCUCCUUUUCUCUUCCCUCCCUCUGUCCCAUCACCUUUGGAAGGUCUCUGUUGAAUUUCAAAUUGUGAUUCCAACACUAAACCUAAGGACAGCUACAAAGGAAAGAAAGUUGGGGCAGGAGGACGUAGGAUGGGAUCAGACAGCCCAUCCUCCAAGAGGCAUCACCUAUCCACACCAAGAAAGAGGCUGACUACACCUCAGAAACCUGUUCUGCAUCCAUAUACCCUCCCUACAGACUUUGCUUUACUGUUUAUGUUCAUGUGAUUUUGACAGGGAAAUUGUCAUUUUUAUUAAUUUUUUAAAAAAUUAGUCUUUCAAAUGUUGUAAGUAGAACUAAUUCUUUGCCCCUGAGGAGUGGGCAGAAGGAAGUGGUGUAUUACCCAGAGGCCUUUUCUUCCCGAUACACUAUAGUGUUUGCCUUCUGUUCGUGGCUUGCCAGUCCUUCCAGCAAUGAGCCAUGCUGAUGAGUGAUUUCAGGGGGAGGGGAAAUAGCAUAAUUUUGGUGUCCUUAAAAAAAAGCUAAAAGCUGAGUAAACUCAGUCACAAACCCCCUCAAUGUACUGCUGGCACAUGUGUCAAUGUGGCUGUGAGAAGAAGGAGAUCUGAGCCGAACUUUUCUUACUCCC